AUGCUCACGUCAGAGGAACAUCGUGAGGCUUGCAGAGUCUAUAUGCAAAAGUAUAGAAGCAAGCCAGAGAAUCGGGAGAAGAUCAGACAACAGAACGCCGAGUACCGCAAGAGGAAGAAGAUGGAGUCGAUCAGACAGGUGUCUGAGAUCGGCUCGCUCGAGCAGACCGUCGACGGCUUUGAGUAUCGCAUCAAGAUGCUCGAGACCGAUCUGAAGGAGGCUCUGUUCAAGGUGUCCCUCUACGAGCAGGAGGGCCGUGCGCCCCAGAACUUUGUCAACCACAUUGCCUCACUCAAGAACCAACUCGACGCCAAGCACUGCCAGUUGGAGGCCAAGCAGUACCAGCUUGACACCAUUGUCAGCGCGGCCAAUUCUAGUCUGCAGGCUGACUCUGUCGCCACUGCCUAUCAAUCACUGGUCAAUGCCAUUCACUCCAUUGCCAAUCCAUCGUCGUCUGGCUCAAACUCCCCAAUCAACACUUCAUCCUUCUUCCAAGUUGCUCAACAGCAGCAGCAGCAACAGCAUGGACAUUCUCCAUCGCUGUCCUCUGCCUCUAGCACACCAUCCCCUUCUCCCAAGCAGCACUCGCUCUCCUCCAAUGGUCAUACUCUCGGAAGUUUGGCCAACUCUAACAACAACAACAACAUCACAUCAACAUCAUCAUAUAGAAAGAGCACUGAGCUUUACAACUCAUCCUCGCCACCAUCAUCCCCAAGCCUCCACUUCACACCAACAUCCCCUUCGUCUCCAUUCACAUUGAACAGCUCCACUGGAAUGCCAUCACUGUCCAUCCAUCAGCCAUCGACGCCGACGUCGUCCACAAUGGUGUCAUCUCCAUUUUCACUGCAAGCCCAACACAGCUUUGGCUUAGUCCCCGAGAGUCUAUUGCCCCAACAACAACAACAACUUCAUCACCUGCAGCAACACAUUCAGCUGCAGCAGCAACAACAUCAGCCGGCUCUUCCAACAACCAAAUCGAUCAAUUCUUUUUCCCUCCUGGCCGACUGUAAAUCAACAUCCUCUUCAUCCACAUCCACAUCCAAUCAAUCGUCACCACAAUCAAACACCAACAACAUCAAUGUCAAUCAUCCACUAUCGUUACUAUGUGACGUACUUCAAAAUGAGACCUCUUUGCAAACUCAUCAGAGGACCCAAGCACCAACUUCAUCUUCAUCUUCAUCUUCAUCGAACGAAUCCAAGACCAACAUCAACUUUGUCCUCAACAGUGGGAGGUCAAGCUUCACGAUAUAA